ACAGAAAACAACCAUCUUCAUCUUCAUCUUCCAUCUUCUUCAAUUACUUGCUGUGGUGGUUUGUCUUCAUAAACACUUCAACAAAGAUGCCUCUCCUUUCACCUCAACCUCCAACUCCACCAGGUCCACCUUCACCUACACCUCCACCUCCAACUCUACCCCCACUCAGAAAGAAAACCACUUCAAUAUCUCUCGACGAAAUUGUUAUAUCAAAGCAAACCGUGAAUCAUCAAAACAAACCACCAGAGAAGUCAAAUUCUGACCUGAAAAAAUUAGGAGAAAUAUCAACGCUCGUGAGGCCUCAGCCUCCCCGGACCAACCCAUUCAUAUGGUGUAGUUCAAUUCUCUGUCUCCUUUUCAGCCUUAUUCUCAUCUUUUUUGGAAUAGCAACUUUGAUUAUCUUUCUUGUUGUUAAACCAAGAAACCCAUCGUUUGACAUUCCUAAUGCAAACCUUAGCGUUAUCUAUUUCGACUCACCAGAGUAUUUCAAUGGGGACUAUACUUUCCUUGCAAAUUUCUCAAACCCAAAUCGGAAAAUCGAUGUAAGGCUGGAGAAUUUGGUGAUAGAGCUUUUCUUUUCCGAAAGGCUCAUAGCAACUCAAGCUGUUCAACCUUUCACUCAAAGGCGAGGGGAAACCAGGUUGGAAUUAGUUCACUUCCUAUCCAGCUUAGUAUUUUUGCCUCAGAAUCUUGCAGUGGAGCUUCAAAAACAGGUGCAGAGCAACAGGGUCAGCUAUAGUGUAAGAGGAAAGUAUAAAGUGAAAGCCACACUUGGUCUGAUCCAUUAUUCUUACUGGUUGCACAGCAGAUGUCGCGUAGAGAUGACCAGUCCACCAACUGGUGUCUUAGUUGCCCGCAACUGCAAAACAAAGCGAUGAAGAUUCAAAACAUAAUUCUCUGUUAUUCUUAUUCUUACUGGAUGCAUAACUCCAUUAUUCUUACAGUUGUUUUUCGGAUUAGUAGAAAAUGCAAUACAUAAUUCUGGUCUUCUGUUUUUCCACUCUACUUA